UGUUAACGGAGUGGACACGCCGCUACUCCGUCUGUCGUGUGUCGGUAACCGACAUGCAGCUUCAUUUCUGCUGAGUUCUCUUCUCCUCCGUGAUGAGUCAACGGGAGAAGAAACGCGUGAUGGAAUAGGUUUUCUUUAAGAUGAGAUUAAUCUGGCCCACAGCAGACGAGAGGAGCGAACAAGUCUUGGAGGAAAGCUAACCCACGAAUGGCCUGCCAGUCUGUCGCUGCAGUCAUGGACGAGCAGGCCCUGCUGGGGCUCAACCCGAACGCCGACGCCCGCUACAGGCAGCGGGCCAUGGCUUACUUUGAGCAGCUGAAGGAGUCUCAGGAUGCCUGGGAGGUUUGUGCAGAGGCGCUCGCUAAAGGGAUUUAUAAUGACGACCAUGUGAAGUUCUUCUGCUUCCAAGUUUUGGAGCAUCAGAUAAAGUUCAGGCACGCCGGCCUGAGUGGACUUCAGCAGCAGCUCAUCAGAGAGACGCUGAUGAAGUGGCUCCAGUGUCAGCUGAUGAACGCUCACCCCGAGAAGCCGUUCAUCAGGAACAAGGCGGCUCAGGUGUUCGCCCUCACCUUCGUCAUGGAGUAUCUGACUCUGUGGCCCAAGUUCUUCUUCGACGUGCUGUCUCUGGUGGGUCUGAACCCGCACGGCGUUGACAUCUACCUGAGGACGCUGAUGGCCAUCGACGCCGAGGUGGUGGACCGAGACAUCCUGCACCCGCCUGAGGCGACUCGUAGAAACACUCUGAUCAAAGACGGGAUGCGGGAGCAGUGCAUCCCUCACCUGGUGGAGUCGUGGUUUCAGAUCCUGCAGACGUACCAGCAGUCCCACCCGGAGCUCACCUGUCAGUGUCUGGAGGUGGUGGGAGCCUACGUCAGCUGGAUCGACCUCAACCUCAUCGCCAACGACCGGUUUGUGAACCUGCUGCUGAGUCAGAUGUCUGUGGAGGAGCUCCGUGAGGAGGCGUGUGACUGCCUCUUUGAAAUCGUGAACAAAGGGAUGGACCCGGUGGAUAAAACCAAGCUGGUGGAGUCUCUGUGUCGGGUUCUGCAGUCUGCAGGAUUCUUCAACGUGGAACAGGAGGAGGACGUGGACUUCCUGGCGAAGUUUUCCCGCCUGGUGAACGGGAUGGGUCAGAGUCUGGUGCUGAGCUGGACCAAGCUGUCCAAGACGGGGAACGUGAAGGAGACGGCGGAGACGCUGCAGGCCGUGGAGGCCAAAGUGCCGCUGAUGCUGCAGCUGCUGGUGCACGAGGACGACGACAUCUCGGCCAACAUCGUCAGCUUCUGUUACGAGUACCUGCACGUCCUCAAACAGCUCCCUCAGCUGACGGAUCAGCAGAAAACCAGCAUCGAGGCGAUCAUGCUCGCCGUCAUGAAGAAGCUGACGUACGACGACGAGUACAACUUUGAAAACGAGGGCGAAGACGAGGCGAUGUUUGUGGAGUACAGGAAGCAGCUGAAGAUGCUGCUGGAUCGUCUGGCGCAGGUUUCCCCCGAGCUGCUGCUGGAGGCCGUGCGGCGAGUCUUCAACAACAGCAUGCAGAGCUGGCAGACGGCUCCGUUCAUGGAGGUGGAGGUCGCCAUCAGGCUGCUCUACAUGCUCGGCGAGGCUCUGCCGGCGUCGCACGGCGCUCAUUUCUCCGGAGACACGGCGAAGACGAGCGCGCUGCAGGACAUGAUGAGGACGCUGGUGGCGUGCGGCGUCAGCGGGUAUCAGCACAGCUCGGUGUCUCUGGAGUUUUUCGAGACGGUCGUCCGAUACGAUAAGUUCUUCCUGGUGGAGCCGCAGCACAUCCCCAACGUCCUGAUGGCGUUUCUGGACCACAGAGGACUGAGACACAACAGCCCGAAGGUCCGCAGCAGAGUGGCCUACCUGUUCUCCAGAUUCGUCAAAACUCUGCAUAAACACAUGAACGCCUUCAUCGAGGACAUCCUGACCCGGAUCCAGGACCUGCUGGAGCUCGCUCCUCCGGAGAACGGUUUCCCGGCGAUGCUGACCAGCGACGACCAGCUGUUCAUGUUCGAGACGGCGGGCGUGCUGAUCGUGAACGGGGAGAGUCCCGUGGAGAGGAAACAGGCGCUGAUGAGGAGUCUGCUGCUUCCUCUCAUGGACGCCUUCCGCCUGCUGCUCGCCAAAAUGCAGCAGGAGACGGAGGAGGAGAGGCAGACGGUGCUCGGUGACUGUCUGAGCCACGCCAUCGGAUUCGCCAGUCGCACCAGCAAGGCGUUCAGCAACAAGCAGACGGUGAAGCAGUGCGGCUGCACCGAGGUCUACAGGGACUGCCUGCAGACCUUCCUGCCCGCGCUGAGCUGUCCCGUCCAACGGGGGGUGCUGCGGAGCUCGGUGCGCUCCUUCCUGCACAGGAUGAUCAUCUGCAUGGAGGAGGAGGUGCUGCCCUUCAUCCCCGCCGCCUCCGAGCACAUGCUAAAGGACUGCGAGGCCAAAGACCUGCAGGAGUUCAUCCCGCUCAUCAGCCAGAUCACCGCCAAGUUCAAGCGGCAGGUGUCCCCCUUCCUGCAGCAGGUCUUCAUGCCGCUCGUCCUCGCCAUCUUCGAGGUGCUGGGCCGGCCGGCGGAGGAGAACGACCAGGCGGCGGCUCUGGAGAAACAGAUGCUGAGGAGGAGCUACUUCACCUUCAUCCAGACGAUCACAGGGAGCGGGAUGAACGAGGUCAUGGCCAAUCAGGGAGCUGAGAACAUCGAGCGAGUCGUCUUCACUAUCAUCCAGGGAGCCGUGGACUUCCCCGACCCCGUCGCUCAGAAAACCUGCUUCAUCGUCCUCUCCAAGCUGGUGGAGCUGUGGGGAGGAAAAGACGGCAUGGUGGGUUUCCCCGACUUCAUCUACAAACACAUUGUGCCCGCGUGUUUCCUCGCUCCUCUCAAACCGACGUUCGACCUCUCAGACGCUCAGACCGUCCUGACGCUGUCGGAGUGCGCCGUCACUCUGAAGAUGAUUCAUCUCAAACGGGGGCCGGAGUUCAUUCAGUUCCUGCAGCACGAAUAUCUACCUUCACUCCAGGUGUCUCCUGAAAUCUCACAGGAGCUUUGUCAAGUUGUUCAGCAGCCGGAUAUCAAAGUCCUGAAAAACUACAUAAAGGCGUUCUUCCAGCGAGCGAAGCUGUAGGAAAUAAAAAACUGGAAGUUCUCUUUGGACUGAAAAGACUCUUCACAGGAAGUGGUCGAGCUCUCGCCACUUUCUACAACAACAACAACAACAUAAAAGGAACUUAGCAUAGGAGCUGCUUUUGCACUUAAGAAGCGAACGCAUCACGAAGCCCGCCGCUCUGUCCGAGCGGGGGCGUGGCCGGACGAGUGGUCGAGCCGUCCACGAGGCCUCGGGACGAGAAGGCACUCAGAAAUGUGGAGAACUUUGUGACGAAGUGAAACCCGAUCUGAGGGAGAGGAAGACGACCCGUCUGGUAAAUAUCCUCGAGCCAUCUGAACCCGACGAGUGCUUCCUUCUCGUCUUUAGAAACCACAUUUCAAAAACACGCUAGUUUGAGGUUGUUUUUCUUUUUCUGACGUUGCUGCUGCCACGAAAUGGACAAAAAAAGGGCUGAAUUGUUUUUCUGUCAUUAAAAAUGUGGCGUGGAUUUAUUUUUUUACGUGCUGAUUUGACGGAGGGAUGGUUUGAAGUUUUGCAGUGCUCGCCGCUCGGGUUCUUCCAAACCGCCACCAACUUUUAAUUUCCUGAAUUCCCCGUUUAAAAAGCAGAUAAAUCUGAAACGUCACCUGAUGGGAAGUUGAUACUCGAGCUUUUGGUGACAUCAGCCCGUCACGCUAAAUUUAAAGGUGCGACGACAGAGGAAUAUUUUUUGUCUCCUGGAAAUCGGACGAUUAUUUAGUCGCUGUUUUAGUUUUUUGAAGGAGAAGAAUGAAAAGAAAGGGAGGAACGAAGUGUAAAUAAGAGAAUAAGAUGUUAAAAGUGUAAAUAAAGUUCCUAGGUUUAGUUUUUUUUAAAUCUUCAUUCCCAUCUGGAAACUCGUACGGAAGCUCGCUGAUGCCAGAAAGUGAAAAAAAGUGUUGAAAAUUUUAAAUUGGAACAAAUUAUUUGUUUAUUGUCUUGACUUAAAAAAAGUCUUGCUAUGAAAACGUAAAAGUUUGGAUGCCGCGUAAAAUAAAAUCUAGUUUGAAACGUUCAGUUGAAAAAGUUAAAAUGAUUUCAUGUUUGACCUGAUGAACUUUUUUUUGUAAACAUGCACUUAUUGAUGCCUCCCAUUUUAUUUUCUUCUCGCUCUGCAUCCAAACUUUUUUACGAUUUUGGUUAAUGUGUCAAAUUUUGAUUUAAUUUCUUAAUCAUGAAUUCAAAUAAAAGUUUCUUGUAGUUCGGAAUUAUGAAUGACCUUUUUUUAUUUUUCACUUUUAAAUUUCAAAUUUGAAAUUGUGAAUUUUGACACUUAAAAAAAUUAGAUCCAUAAUUUGACCCUUAAAGAGGUGCAAUUAUAAUUUUGAUGCAUUUCAAAUCUAAAUUUAGAAUUUGACCAAAUUUUCAAUUGGAAAAUUCGACCUCUUUAAAAUUCUUGAGAUGUGAAUUUAGUUGAAUCUUAAAAACUGGGAAAAAAAAGUUUAAAACUCUGAGAUUUCUCACGCUGUAAAUCUCAGAACUCAAGUGUUAGGUAUCGAUUCAUAACUUUUUUUUUUUAUAUAGGUUUUUCAUUUUUAACACUUUUCUUUUCUGGACCUAACAAGCUUCCGUAGAUUAUCGUUAACUCAUGAUAGGAAUCGCUUCUGAACACGUCGAGUAAAAAAAAAAAAAAAAACAUGAAUUAUCGUACGGAAGCAGCUCGGUGAGUUUUUAUAUCGAAGCAUUCGUGACAAUUCAGGCAAUGGACGUGUUGAUUAUGCAACGCGUCACCGCGAGCAAUACUGUGAACGAACCAAUCAGAGCGAGGCGACGAGAUGGAACUGUACAAACUGUAUCUGAUAUUAAAACACACAUAUCCUUUUUUAACCACUCUGCACGGACGAUGUGACCUCGCUCACUUUGAUCUGACUCAUCAGAAAUCAUCCCCAAAUCCUCCGCUUGAAUGUUCAGCGCUUUAUUUUACGUUUCUUUAAAAGCCUCCAGAAAAAGUUCCUGAGCGCGUUGAAUUAAAUUUGGUCAAACGGGGCCGAUAAAUAAUCAUAUUGAAGGAGGACUUUCGGUUAUUUUAUAUUUUUCUAAUUGUGAACGAAGAAGGCAAAAACCAAAAAUGUGCCCGACGAUUAAAUUCAUUUCACAUGUAAAAAAUUAGAAGUUAUUGGGCUUUUAUUUUGAAAUGCUGUACGGUCUUAAGCUGAGAGUACUUCCCCUGCUGUCUGAACGCGUUAACGCAGCCUGAGACGUCGUGAUAAAUAAGAAAACAGAAGUAUAAAGUGUAUGAAUGCAUGUUCACUCGGCACGCUACUCCACCCGUCUGUUUUUAACCUUAAAGCGGCGCCUCGUCCAGCGUACCCUCGUAGUAUUCCUCAGCUGCCUCUCCUCCUCACUACAGCAGCUUCUAAAGGAUUCUCCUUCAGCUCUCUGCCUGGUUUUGAUUUCCUGACUCGACGUCUCCCUCAUGUCUCACUAAAUCAAAUUUGCCAAAUGAAUAAAUUUGUCGAUUGCUGGUGAAAUGUGUUGAUUUAUUUUAUUUCUUUUUGAUAGGAGAUGAAACUGUUAGAACCAAUAAAAAGUGUUUACUAAUCAUCAGA